AUGCUCGACAUAUUGGACACGCAGAUUCUCGAGGACGAGCGUGCCGCUGUUAACGUCUCCGCCCCUCUAAAAUCAACGAAUGCUUCUCAUUCUCGUCGCCUUCCUCGCAUCAAACUACCGAAGUUCUCAGGCGAGUACGCUCAAUGGAGUCAAUUGCGAGAUCUCAUCACUUCCAUGAUCCUGGGAAACAACGACCUAUCUGAUGUGGAAAAGCUCCACUACUUAAAGAUGAGUUUGACAGUCGACGCGCAGUUGGCCGUUCUAGUCGCGAUUCGUAAGGUAAAGACUGAGUAUGCUUCGGAUCUUAAGCAACUUCUCGCCGACGUCAAAGAAGCGCUUGGUGCCCUAGAGGCCCUCAAUUGCCCGGUAUGCCACUGGGACUACCUCAUAACCUUUAUGGUCGUGCGUAAACUUGACCCUGAGUUGCUGAAAGAUUGGGAGAAACUUCUCGGCGCGAAAACUACUCCGCCGAACUUUGACGAGCUCGAAGCCUUCCUCGUUGGACGCAUUCACGUCCUGGAAGCGUUGGAGCAUGCUACGCUGCCGCGCAAACUGGGUCAACAACUUCUGCGUCGCGAACUCCCAUUGCUGCCCGAUCGUAUUCCGCGACCGCUUCCAAACAGCAGUAAUCUGUGCCUCAACUGCCUCGGGCCGCAUCCUUUGAAAGCCUGUCGCACCUGGAAACGUUGUCGCAUAUGCCGUAAGCAGCACCAUUCUAUCUUGCACAACUCAUCAGACGAGUCAACUGUUGCGGCCACUCCGUCAUCGGCGCCGGCAGGUUCAUCUACUUCUUCCACGGGGGCACCGUCUGACGGCGGUUCAGGACCGUUUCAACACGGUGGAGGUAAUUCUACCGCGGCGACUCUCAGCCACGUCGCUCACUCGCGCAUGGUGCAACGCUCACCGGUGCUCCUUGCCACCGCUAUCAUCACCGUCCGCGCUCAGUCAGGUGAAAGCUGCCAGCUACGCGCAUUACUAGAUCAAGGAUCCGAAACCUCAUUUAUUUCCAAGUCUGUUGCGCAAUGUCUCAAGCUUUCACCCGAACCGGCAGCAGUACCGAUUCUCGGAAUCGGAGCCCAGCGUUCCAGUACUUCAAACGGCCGUGUUUCGAUCAAAAUUUUCUCGCGCAUGAACUCAGCGUUCUCGCUGGUGAUUAACGCGCUUGUGCUUCCCAAGCUUACCGCAUAUUUACCGCUCGCGCACAUCGAACAUACUCAGUGGCCACAUAUUGUCGGGUUUCCAUUCGCGGAUCCGAAUUUUGCAAUUCCCGGAAAAAUUGACUUGGUCCUCGGCGCGAGCGUUUUCGCUGAGGUGCUCGAGGAGGGAAGGUACAGCCAAUCACAGCGGCUGCGCUUCUGGGAUCAAGAAGAGGUGCCACCUGCAACUAAGGUCGCGCUCAGCUCGGACGAAGUGCAAUGCGAGGAGCACUUCAUUACUACGCAUUCUCGUAACGCAAACGGGAGAUUUGUGGUGAGAUUGCCAGUCAGAAUGCCGUUCCCUGAACUUGGUGAUUCUCGUACGCCCGCCAGAAAUACACUAUUAAGACUUGAAAGGCAGUUCAAAAAAUGCGAAUCUCUAAAGGUAGCUUAUCUCAAUUUUCUCCGCAAGUAUCUUGUAUUGGAUCACAUGCGGCCCGCGAACGUCUCCGAACCAUCAGCCCGCGAGUUCUUUCUGCCGCACCAUGGUGUCGUUAAAGACUCUAGCUCAACAACGAAAUUACGCGUUGUAUUUAACGGGUCGCAGAAAACGAAUCUCGGCAUCUCACUGAACGAUUGCCUCCUUAUCGGGCCGAAAUUACAAACCGAACUGGAUUGGCCGCUGCAGAAGAUUCUCUGGAGAGACUCGCCGAGGGAGCCCAUACGGGAGUAUCAUUUGUGCACGGUGACUUACGGCCUCACGUGCGCUCCUUACCUCGCGCUUCGGUGUUUACGACAGCUCUCGAACAAAACAGUUCACUCCCUCGCUGCCGAGGUGCUACGACAAGACACUUAUGUCGACAAUAUCUUGUCGGGUGCUGACCGAUUCUCCACUACAAAGAACAAAAUCCAGCAACUCAGAGCCACGCUCAAGGCGGGCGGUUUUAACCUACGAAAAAGGCUCGCUAAUUCUGCGGACAUUCUCUCAGACGUUUCGAGUGGCGAUCACGCUACCUUUACGAAUCUCUUGGUCGGUGAUUUAGCUAAUCAUUACAUGCUCGGCCUUCAAUGGGAUAAUCGAAUCGAUUGUUUCGCCUUCUCGGCACCCUCCCCCUUGCAGGCUCACCACACGACAACUAAGCGGGCCCUGCUCUCGUGCAUCGCUCGGAUCUUCGAUCCUCUCGGCUGGAUUGCGCCGAUCAACAUCAUAGCAAAGAAAUUUCUGCAGGAGCUCUGGGCACACCGCCUCGAUUGGGAUGACGAGCUAUCGUACUCCCUCAGACCGCGCUGGAACGACUUUACACAACAACUCGAAGAGAUGCCGACCAUAGUGAUACCGCGGUGGUUUGGGACGGAUUCGCGAUCCUCUGAUAUCGAACUUCAUGGGUUCUCUGACGCAUCUCAGGUCGCGAUAGCUGCGGUCGUGUAUCUCCGCGUUACGUCGCCUGUCGGCAUUCGGGUGAGCGUAAUUACCGCUAAAGCAAAAGUGGCUCCGCUCAAACGGCCAACAAUUCCGCGACUCGAACUCUCCGCCGCCGUGUUGCUCGUUAAACAGAUCCUCAAGAUUCGCGAGACCUUGGACUUGACGCGUGCACCGACUCACCUGUGGAGCGACUCGGCCGUCGCAUUGGCCUGGAUCAAGAGCCAUCCGUCCCGCUGGAAAGAAUUCGUGAAAAAUUGCGUCGCAUUUAUCCAGGAAUGCCCAGACACGCACUGGCAUCAUAUCUCCGGGAAGGAGAAUCCAGCGGAUCUGGCAUCGCGCGGAGUCUCGCUCUUCCGCCUAAAACACGAAGAGCUCUGA